AUGUCGUGGGCCAGAGGUCUUUUCGUGGGCAGAGUGGACGAGCGAAAGACACCGUGGGGAGAGCGCAAUGGCAAAAAGAAGAAAGACAAGUCCUCGCUUUGCACUUCUCGCUACAUGAGCUGCCUCAGGGACCCCGAGGAUCCGGAGCCCCCAAAUGUGGCCCACCAGCAAUGCCACACCCGAGCGGACACUGGCAGAAGAAACUUGGACCUGCGCGGAUGGCAAGAGGACCACUACGGGAAAAGGAUGGGCGAAGGUGUGGAUCUGGGAGUGAAAGCCGUUGGCAUGGGUUUUGAAGAUGGCGAUCCAAAGGGGAGGAAAGAGGAGGACUUUGGGGAUUCGGCGGAACGCCAGUGCAAGACCAUGAGUGCCGCCGAUUGCUGGAUGCGUGUGGUGUGGGUUUUUCACUCCAAGAAGUUCCAGUCGGCUAAACUGGAGCGUCUUUACCAGCGCUACUUUUUCAGACUCAACCAGAGCUCACUCACCAUGCUCAUGGGGGUUCUAAUGGUGGUAUGCGGGGUCAUGCUAGCCUUCCACUGUGUCCAGCAGGCGCCAAAUGUGGCCUAUAUCUCCGUCCUCUGUGUUGCCAUGGCGCUCUUUCUGGCCGUGAUGGUAGUUUGCAACCGUAACGGCUUCCACCAGGACUACAUGUGGAUUGUGAGCUACUUGGUGAUAGGGGUGCUGGUCGUUGUGCAGGUGUAUGGUCUGAUGAUGGUACACCCUAGCAGUGCAUCGGAGGGCGUCUGGUGGACAGUCUUCUUCAUCCACAUCAUCUACACGUUGCUGCCUGUGCGAAUGAGAGCUGCUGUGCUUAGUGGAUUCACACUGUCAGUCAUCCACGCUUUGACGGCCUGGCAACUCAACCGAAAGGACAAGUUCAUUUCGGAACUGAUAAGUGCCAACAUUGUCAUCUUUGUGUGCGCCAACAUGAUUGGGAUCUGCACCCACUAUCCUGCUGAGGUUUCCCAGAGGCAGGCCUUCCAGGAGACCCGAGGAUACAUCCAGGCCAGAAUCCACCUGCAAAGAGAAAACCAGCAGCAGGAGCGCCUCCUACUGUCAGUGCUUCCAAGGCACGUCGCCAUGGAGAUGAAGGCUGACAUCAAUGCCAAGAAGGAAGACAUGAUGUUCCACAAGAUUUAUAUUCAAAAACAUGACAAUGUCAGCAUCUUGUUCGCGGACAUCGAAGGUUUCACCAGCCUGGCGUCUCAGUGCACAGCCCAGGAACUUGUCAUGACCCUCAACGAGCUGUUCGCCCGCUUCGAUAAGUUGGCAUCGGAAAACCACUGCCUACGCAUCAAGAUUCUGGGGGAUUGCUACUACUGCGUGUCGGGAUUGCCGGAACCCCGGGCUGACCACGCCCACUGCUGCGUGGAGAUGGGUGUGGACAUGAUCGAAGCCAUCUCACUUGUGAGAGAGGUGACAGGAGUCAACGUGAACAUGCGAGUGGGCAUCCACAGCGGCCGUGUUCACUGCGGCGUGCUGGGCCUGCGUAAGUGGCAGUUUGACGUUUGGUCCAACGACGUGACGCUCGCCAACCAAAUGGAGGCUGGCGGGAAGGCCGGGCGCAUCCACAUCACCAAAGCCACUCUUCAGUACCUCAACGAAGACUACGAAGUGGAGCCCGGGUUCGGAGGGGAGAGAAACGCCUACUUGAAGGAGAACAACAUUGAAACCUUUCUAGUUUUGGGGUGCAGCCAAAAGAGGAAAGAGGAGAAAGCCAUGAUGGCGAAGAUGCUGCGAGCCCGUGCAAAUUCUGCUGAAGGAUUGAUGCCACGUUGGGUGCCUGAUCGAUCAUUCUCCAGAACCAAGGAAUCCAAAGUCUUCCGGCACAUAGGCAUCGACGAAGCAUCGAGCAAGGACAUACGCUGCACUCAGGAGGCCCUAAACCCUGAAGACGAAGUGGAUGAGUUUCUGGGCCGAGCCAUCGACGCGCGCAGCAUCGACCAGCUGCGCAAAGACCAUGUCAAGAACUUCCUGCUCACAUUUCAAACUGCUGAACUGGAGAAAAAAUACUCCAAAAAGGUGGACGAUGGCUUUGGUGGCUAUGUGGCCUGCGCCCUCCUAGUUUUCUGCUGCAUCUGCAUCAUUCAGAUAAUUGUCGUGAAAAAAACACUGCUUAUGCUGGGUCUCUACAUUGGCAUCUUUAUCAUUCUAACCAACAUUCUCUUCAUAUGUUCCAUCUACUCCUGCGUCAAACUCUUUCCAACCGCCUUGCAGACGCUAACCAAGAAGAUCGUGCAGUCCCGUGCGAACAGUACGCUCGUGGCCGUCUUCACCAUCCUACUCCUCUUCAUUGCUUCUUUCGCUAACAUGUUUACGUGCAGCAGAGCUGAACUGAAAGACUGCAUGGCCGAGGAGCAUCCGAACACGACAGUGACCCUCUGUCUGCUUCACAACCUCACCAGGGCAGCCAAGGACGGCUUGAGUGUGUGUUCCGGCCAGGUCAUCCCCUGCCAUUUCCCGGAGUAUUUCAGCUACAGCGUCCUGCUGACCUUGCUGGCCUGCUCAGUGUUCCUCCACAUUAGCAGCAUCGGCAAGUUAGCCCUCAUGCUGCUCAUUCAGUUUGUCUUCCUCCUGCUGGUGGAGUGGCCUCAGGUGGUCCUCUUUGACAACGCUGACCUGCUGGUCAAAGCCAACACGCUGCUUGCUGUCAAUGCAACUGGAGAGCAAUGCCUGGAGAGUGUGAGCAAAGUACCCCUGAAGGUCAUGACCCCUGUCAUCCUGACCGUCUUUGUUCUGGCGCUUUACUUGCACGGCCAGCAGGUGGAGUCCACCGCACGCCUCGAUUUUCUCUGGAAGCUGCAGGCCACCGAGGAGAAGGAAGAGAUGGAGGAGCUGCAGGCGUACAACCGGCGCUUGCUCCACAACAUCCUGCCCAAAGACGUCGCCGCCCACUUCCUGGCCCGUGAGCGGCGCAACGACGAGCUAUACUACCAGUCGUGUGAGUGCGUGGCCGUCAUGUUUGCCUCCAUCUGCAACUUCUCCGAGUUCUACGUGGAGCUGGAGGGCAACAACGAAGGAGUGGAGUGUCUCCGGCUGCUCAACGAGAUCAUCGCUGAUUUUGAUGAGAUCAUCAGCGAGGAGAGAUUCCGUCAGUUGGAGAAAAUCAAAACCAUCGGUUCUACUUACAUGGCCGCCUCGGGCCUCAAUUUGUCCACAUACGACAGAGAGGGUCGCUCUCACAUCCUGGCGCUGGCAGACUACGCCAUGAGGCUGAGGGAGCAGAUGAAGUACAUCAAUGAGCACUCUUUCAACAACUUCCAGAUGAAGAUCGGGCUGAACAUGGGACCAGUGGUGGCCGGGGUUAUCGGGGCCAGGAAGCCACAGUACGAUAUCUGGGGGAACACCGUCAAUGUAGCCAGUCGGAUGGACAGCACCGGAGUACCGGACUACAUUCAGGUGACCACGGACCUUUACCACGUGCUCGCUAACAACGGCUACCAGCUGGAUUGCAGAGGAUUGGUCAAGGUGAAGGGCAAAGGUGAAAUGACCACUUACUUCCUCACCAGUGGGCCCCCCAGCAGUUAA